GCCCGCCCUGACGUGAUUGUUGUGCGCGCGCGUCGCUUUGGGGUCUCGAGCCCGCCAUUGGCGUUUUCUGGUCAGCGGCAUCCUGCCGGCUGGGGCUCGGGGCCGAGCGGGGGGCGCGCGUCGCAACCGCUCUCCCCGCGGCUGGCAGAGCUCCGUUAUGGCUGCGGCGGAGGCGGAGGCGGAGGGGGCGAGCGCGGCUGCAGUUCCUGGUUCGGGUGCCGACGGCAGUGGCCAGUCGCCCGGAGUCGAAGGAGAGGGAGGAGGAGCGAUGGGCAGAGAGAAGGACGCGGCCGCGAGAGGAGCGGAGGCCGUCGGGGACAGCGAGGAUGACGGCGAGGAUGUGUUCGAGGUGGAGAAAAUCCUGGACAUGAAGAUCGAGGGGGGCAAGAUCGCUUAUAAAGUUCGAUGGAAAGGAUACACAUCAGAUGAUGAUACCUGGGAGCCUGAGGUUCACCUUGAGGACUGUAAAGAAGUUCUUCUUGAAUUUAGGAAGAAAGUUGCGGAAAACAAAGCUAAACCAGUGAAGAAAGAUGUCCAGAGACUGCCCUUAAAUAAUGACAUAUUUGAGGCAAACUCUGAUAGUGAUCAGCAAAGUGAGACCAAAGAAGACACUUCUUCAAAGAAGAAAAAGAAAAAACUAAGGCAAAAAGAAGAGAAAAGCCCAGAUGAUCAGAAAAAGAAAAAAGCAAAGACUGGGAAACUAAAAGAUAAACCCAAACCAGACCUGGAGAGCUCCUCUGAAAGUUUGGUUUUUGAUUUAAGGACAAAGAAAAGAAUUUUGGAAGCCAAAGAAGAAUUAAAGGAGUCCAAAAAGCCCAAAAAAGAUGAUAUAAAAGAAACUAAGGAGUUAAAGAAAGUUAAAAAGGGUGAAAUAAGAGACUUAAAGACUAAAAAAAGAGAAGAUUCCAAAGAAAACAGAAAAACAAAAAAAGAGAAAUGUGUGGAAUCUCAGGUGGACUCCGAAUUGAGUGUCCUUAAUGAUUCCCCUUUUCAGGAAGAAGACAGUGAGGAUUUACAUUCUGACAACAGAAACGAGAAGCAGCCAAUUAAAGCUGCCAAAGAUAAAGCAGAGCCCGAGGCGAUUCAAGAUACUAUUUCUGAUAAACAGCAGGAUGGCACUGUAAGUGCUGAUGAGGAUGAUGUCAAAGCAAAGAGGAAAAAAAAGAAACUGAGAAGGACAGAGGAACUUAAAGAGAGCAAAAAGCUAGAAAACAAGAGCCUCUCAGAGAAGAAAAAUACACAGAAAAAGCAAAGGAAUCCAGACAAAGGCCGAAGUAGCGCUGAGUUCGAUAAGCCAAUGGCUGCCUCCUCCCCAGCACAGAAGAGCUCCAGACCAUGUGUGGAGGAGAGAGGCUCCAGGCCCGCAGACUCCCCGGGGGAGGUGAGUACGGAGGAGAAAGAGACCAAAAAAAAUGAACCCAAAGAAAAAUACCCGAAAAAGCAUGAUUUGGACAAGGAAGAAAAAGGCCGAAAAGAGCCCAAGGCAUUAAAGACAUUUAAGGAAAUCAGAAAUGCAUUUGAUUUAUUUAAAUUAACUCCAGAAGAAAAAAAUGAUUUUCCUGAGAAUAAUCGGAAAAGAGAAGAAGUACCACCAGAUUGUAAAGUCACAGAAGACCACAAGACCAAGGAAAACAAGCAGUUACUUAAAGAAAGGAGAAAUACGAGAGAUGAGACUGAUACAUGGGCAUAUAUAGCUGCAGAAGGUGGUCAAGAGGUCGUGGACAGUAUGUCCCAAGCGGACGAGAAUUCUGAUGGCAGACAACAGAUUUUGAGUUUCGGCAUGGAUUUGCAGUUGGAAUGGAUGAAAUUAGAGGAUUUUCAAAAACAUCUUGAUGGGGAAGAUGAGAAUUUUAAAACAGCCGAUGCAAUUCCAAGCAAUUUAUUGAGGGAUGCUGUGAAAAACGGGGAUUAUAUUACUGUGAAGGUUGCACUUAAUUCAAGUGAAGAAUAUAACCUGGACCAAGAGGAUUCAAGCGGGAUGACGCUGGUGAUGCUCGCGGCAGCUGGGGGGCAGGACGACCUGCUGAGGCUGCUCCUCAGGAAGGGGGCAAAAGUGAACGGUCGGCAGAAGAACGGGACCACCGCGCUCAUCCAUGCUGCCGAGAAGAACUUUUUAACGACAGUGGCUAUUCUUUUGGAAGCAGGAGCUUUUGUAAAUGUCCAGCAGAGCAAUGGUGAGACGGCUCUAAUGAAGGCCUGUAAAAGGGGAAAUCCAGACAUCGUCCGCCUUGUCAUCGAGUGCGGGGCUGACUGCAACAUUCUGUCAAAGCACCGGAACAGUGCGCUGCACUUCGCAAAGCAGUGCAACAACGUGCUGGUGUACGACCUGCUGAAGAGCCACCUGGAGACACUUUCAAGAGUAGCAGAAGAAACAAUAAAGGAUUACUUUGAAGCACGUCUUGCUCUCCUAGAACCAGUUUUCCCAAUAGCAUGUCAUCGUCUCUGUGAGGGCCCAGACUUUUCCAUGGAUUUCAAUUACAGAACCCCACAGAACAUACCAGAAGGCUCCGGCGUCCUGCUGUUUAUUUUCCACGCAAACUUUUUGGGUAAAGAGGUCAUUGCUCGCCUCUGUGGACCGUGUAGUGUACAAGCUGUUGUUUUAAAUGAUAAAUUUCAACUCCCCGUUUUCCUGGACAGUCAUUUUGUUUACUCGUUCAGCCCUGCCGCAGGCCUCAAUAAACUCUUUAUAAGGUUGACGGAAGCGCCGUCUGCUAAGGUUAAGUUGCUAAUAGGUGCAUACAGAGUACAGCUGCAAUGACCAAAGAAUUGGGAGAGAGUUAUUCUCAGACCUAUUUCUAAACACUCUUCAAAGCAGUUUGGAAUUCUGGCACAGCUCACACUUCCAAAUUAAAAGUUUCUUCUGUAAGCCUCUUGCAUUUAAGGCCUGUCACCUGUUACAGUCUGAGAGAUGGGGCAUGGUGCAUCUAACAUAUAAAACACAGAUGUAAGUAUUUGUGCCAGUGUUCUGAAAUCUAGAUAUUGUGUCCAGACUGUAUGUUUUUCCACAAUGUGGAAUGGUUCAUAUGAGGAUUAUUUAAGAAAAUUAAAACUUUUUUUUAACUUGAAAUUUUUUACUAGCCCUAGUGAAUUUUUGUGUUUAAAAAAAAAAAAAAAAAAAAAAAAAUCCAGUGGGAACGUUAGCACCAAGUUAAGGUGUGAGUUUGCAGCCCUUGAAGUAGGACUAAUCUAAGGUGGUAGGCAGGUUUGCGGGAGGAGGUCUGAUCUUCCCAACGGGCCACUGACACAGAUCCCGAGUAGGUGACAACUUUGUAUAUUUGCAGUUACCCUUUAUUGUUUGAAAAGAUAAUAAAUCAAAAUCUGAGAUAUAGCAAAAAAACCAGAAACCAGACAUUAUGAGCAUAAAAGGGGAUAUUACAUGUGAACCUUAUCUUCGUUCUUGGAAUCCAUCAAGUCAUUCUGAACAGCCAGAUCUUGUUACUUACUUACUUUGAACACUGGGAAGGAAGGCCAGCCAGGCUUUGCCACACACUGCCUCCUGAGAAGAGUGACUGCCCACAGGUCUAAUGCUUAUAUUCUUUCAAGAAAUAUUUGGCAAACUAAUGAAUCAAGCUGUCUGGGUUAUGGAAAUGUAUAAAAUUGUUAAUUUCCAGAUCAGUUUUAUAAUUGCGUGGGUUACAAUUUUAAUGAAAAAAUUUCAGAAUGUCACAUACGUCAUCCCUCAUCAUCCAUGGGGAAUUGGUUCCAGGACCCCCCCCCUCAGAUACCAAGAUCCGAGGAUGCUCAAGUCCUUGUGUCAUAUUUGCAUUUAACCCCUUGCGUAUCCCCCCCAUAUACUUUAAAUCAUGUCUGGAUUAACUUACAAUACCUAAUUAAUACAAGGUAAAUGCUAUGUAAAUAGUUGUAAACGCAGUGUAAAUUCUAUGUAAAGAGUUCCUGGUGUGCAGCAAAUUCAAGUUUUGCUUUUUGGAACUUGCUGGAAAAUUUUUUUCUUCCCCAGUUAUUUUCCAUCUGUGGUUUGUUGAGUCUGUGGAUGCAGAAACUGUGGAUACUAAGAGCUAACCACACACACUGUAUAGAUAUUUCAGAGUACAACUGCCUUUUCCUAGUUUCCUCAAUAAAA